AUGGGUUUGUGGCUGGGGCAGCAGGUGCUGAGUGGGGGACUCUUGUUGUCACAGGUGCCGGUGACCUUCGAGGAAGUGGCUGUGUAUUUCACCCAGCGGCAGGGGGCUCUGCUGGACCCCGCUCAGAGAGCCCUCUACAGGGACGUCAUGCUGGAGAACUACGAGACGGUGACCUCGCUGGGAUUUCCCUUUCCCAAACCUGAGCUGAUCGCCCGGCUGGAACGAGAGGAAGAGCCAUGGGUGCUCAAUCUCCAGGUCUGCAGGGAAAGAGAGAUCCUGAGACGCGCCCACACAGGUGCUGAGCGAGGGAAUGAGAAUGAGGAGAGAAAUCAUAAGGAGGAUGUUCCUAGUGAAGUGGAUGAAUGUAUUAUAUGUAGGGGAGGACCCAAUGACUCCACAGUCCAGCAGACAAAUCCCAAUGAAGAGAAUCCCUAUCAGUGCCUCAAAUGUGGGAAAGGAUUAAUUCUGAGAUCACAGCUUGUGACACAUCAGACAAUCCAUACUAGAGAGAAACCCCUUCAAUGCUUGGACCAUGGCAAAACCUUCAAUAAUCGCUCAGACCUGAAAAUCCAUGGGAGAAGCCACACGAGAGAGAAACCCUCUCGAUGUCUUGAGCGCAAGAAAUCUUUCUACUGUAAAUCAGCACUAAUAACACAUCCGAGAAUUCACACACGAGAGAGACCCCAUAAGUGCUUGCAUUGUGGGAAAAGUUUCACACGGAGAUCACACCUCAUUCAACAUGGGAGAAUCCACACAGGAGAGAGACCCCAUAAAUGCUUGGACUGUGGGAAAAGUUUCAGAUACAGAUCAGUCUUUCUUUCACAUCUGAGAACCCACACAGGAGAGAAACCCCAUAAGUGCUUGGACUGUGGGAAAAGUUUCAGAUACAGAUCAGUCCUUCUUUCACAUCUGAGAACCCACACAGGAGAGAAACCCCAUAAGUGCUUGGAGUGUGGGAAAAGUUUCAUGUGGAGAUCCACCCUUGUUUUACAUCAGAGAAUCCACACAGGAGAGAGACCCCAUAAGUGCUUGGAGUGUGGGAAAAGUUUCAUGUGGAGACCCGCCCUUGUUUUACAUCAGAGAAUCCACACAGGAGAGAGACCCCAUAAGUGCUUGGACUGUGGGAAAAGUUUCACACGGAGAUCUGUCCUUGUUUCACAUCAGAGAAUCCAUACAGUACAGAGACCCCAUAAGUGCUUGGACUGUGGGAAAAGUUUCAUACGGAGAUCAGACCUCAUUAAACAUGGGAGAAUCCACACAGAAGAGAGACCUCAUAAGUGCUUGGACUGUGGGAAAAGUUUCACACGGAGACCUGCCCUUGUUUCACAUCAGACAAUCCACACAGGAGAGAGAUCCCUUAAGUGCUUGGACUGUGGGAAUUGUUUCAGGUGGAAGUCAAACCUUAUAAGACAUCGAAGAAUUCACACAGUAGAGAGCCCCCAUAAGUGCUUGGCCUGUGGGAAGAGUUUCAUGCGGAGAUCAGAUCUUGAUUUACAUCAGAGAAUCCACACAGGAGAGAGACCCCAUAGGUGCUUAGACUGUGGGAAAAGUUUCACAUGGAGAUCUGCCCUCGUUAAACAUGGGAGAACCCACACAGGAGAGAGACCCCAUAAGUGCUUAGACUGCGGGAAAAGUUUCACAUGGAGAUCUGUCCUCGUUAAACAUGGGAGAACCCACACAGGAGAGAGACCCCAUAAGUGCUUGGACUGUGGGAAAAGUUUCACAUGGAGAUCUGUCCUCGUUAAACAUGGGAGAAUCCACACGGGAGAGAGACCCCAUAAGUGCUUGGACUGUGGGAAAAGUUUCACAUGGAGAUCUGCCCUUGUUUCACAUCAGAGAAUCCACACAGGAGAGAGACCCCAUAAGUGCUUGGACUGUGGGAAAAGUUUCAUAUGGCGAUCUGCCCUUGUUUCACAUAAGAGAAUCCACACAGGAGAGAGACCCCAUAAGGGCUUAGACUGUGGGAAAAGUUUCACACAGAGAUCAAACCUCAUUAAACAUGGGAGAAUCCACACAGCAUCUAAAAUUCUGUGACACAUGGCCAGAAAAGGUGAAGCAACUUGCAGGCUAAUUGAUCCAGUUUCAACCUUUAGAGACAUGCUUCAUAAGUGUGUAAAUGGUAUUUAGGUCCUUUCCAUGCUCUACAGGCUUGAGCUUUGAAAUGAAAACUUGUAUUCCUAAAGAACUGGAAGAAGAUGGUAACUAUAGCAGACUGUUUAUCCAUGUCUUGUUGGAGGUUAACAAUGUAACCAAAGGGGUUCCUCUCUAGGGGUGUAUUCUGUUAAUUUGGAGAUCAAAAGGAAAUAUUAACAUUUAGCUAAAACUUGGGUGUAAUACUG